AUGAUUGAAUUUAUUGAAUUCCUUGAAUUGCCAAUUGCUGGAUCGUGUACAACUUGUAUAAAUGAUGCUUCACCAGCAUCAAAUAAACAACCAUAUAAAUUUGGUGAAGGAAAGAAGAAUUUUUAUGUCCUACCUGAUUCAACUGAUUAUAAUCAAUAUGCAAGAUGUUCAGAAUGUUUUACACAAGCAUUACAAGCAAUAAUUUAUUUUUUUUUGUUUUUGAUCUUUACUAUUCAUUUAUAUGAUCUAAAUAAUUUUUCAUUAAAUGAACAUUUACUUAAAAGUCAUCAUGCUUUUGCCAAUAAUCGUUAUGGUGAUUUAACAUUUUGUGAACAAAUUGAAGAUGAUUAUAAUAAUCAAAGUCAUGCAUUAUUUUUGGUUUAA